GCCCGAUUGGCUAACUGCCAGCGUACAUCACGGUCUAGGCCACAGAGUAUGCAGCUGCAAAGAUGUCCAUAUUGUGUCUUCAUUCACAACUACAGCUUCUAGUAACUCCGUAGCUGCCCUCUGAAAGGAAAAUCAACAUUUUAGCAGUUGCUGCUGUUACCAGCUGCAACAUCAGGAGAUGAAGCUCUAAUGUGGUUAACUGACAGAAUCAGAGUAAUGGCAUGUGUCAACAUGGGGUCCUAUUAGACUGGCCGCGCUGGAGGGUGUGAAAACAAUGCCGAACAUUAACAGAGAGCUGGUGGAGUUCUUCCUAAGCUACAAGCUGUCUCAGAAGAACCACCCAAGCUCUCUGAGGCCAGAGGGUGCCAGUGAAAGGACAGAGGGAGACAAGGCCAACUUGGCGUCCAAUAAUGGCACGAGUGGGGCCGGCCAGCUGAGGAUGUCGCCCCCUUCUGGUGACACUGAGGCUGUAAAAGCAGCUCUUCAGGACUCGGCGAAUGAGUUUGAACUGCUCUUCACGCAAGCAUUCAGUGACCUUUCCUUGCAGCUCGACAUCACCCCUGACACGGCCUACCACAGCUUUAAGAGCGUGAUGGACGAGGUGUUCAAGGAUGGAGUCAACUGGGGGCGUGUGGUGGGCCUGUUUGCCUUCGGCGGUGUGCUCUGUGUGGAAUGCGUAGAGAAGGAUAUGACCGAGCUGGUUUCCCGCAUCGCAGACUGGAUGACCACAUACCUGGACGAGAACAUCAGUGCUUGGAUCCAGAGCCAGGGAGGAUGGGAGUGCUUUGCUGAGAUUUUCGGGCGGGACGGAGCCGCGGUGGCGAGGAGAUCUCAGGAGACGAUGAGACGAUGGCUGCUGGUUGGGGUGACGCUGCUAAUGGGAGUGCUAGUCGGUAUGGUCAUGGUCAAGAAGCGGUGAAGCUGCUGUAUCUCGGUCAACACGACACGACCUGUGUAAUGCUACGCCUACAAAGUAAAACUAAAUAGUGGCUGUUUACAUACACCCUGUCUGCUUGUGCACUGACGGAAUGUGGGCUGGCUGAAGCAGUUUGUGACGGUGUCCGUAAAUGUGUAGCUUGUUGAGCUGUAACACUUCUCACCCCGCUCUGUCCUGUGUCCUUUUUUAUUUAUUUCCUUCCCAGGCGCACAGCAGCUUUUCAGUUGUUAAUGGGUGUUAUUCUCCUGACUGGAAGUGCUUGACAUGAACCCAAUAAGCUAAGAGACAGUGGAACCGUUAUCCAUGGACCAAUUUUUAUUACUUACGAACUGACUGACAGAAUAUAAGUUAUACCUCCUUUUCACUGUGGAAUGCUGAGCUCCUCUUGUUAGCUGUACUGGAGUUUUAGGCAUGCUUAAAAAAUAAAUAUAUUUAUGUUU